AUAAUAAUAUAUCGAUCGAGGAAGGAAAGAUGAUAGUGGAGAUUGAGGAAGUGAGCAGCUGCGAAGCACUGCCUCUGCUUUCACUAAAUCAUGUGUCCUUGUUAGUGAGAGAUGUCUGGAAUUCUGUGCGCUUCUAUGAAGAUGUCUUGGGCUUUUGCCUUGUUAAACGCCCUUCUUCUUUCAACUUCCAUGGAGCCUGGUUGUACAACUAUGGAGUGGGGAUUCACUUGCUUGAGAACAAAGGUAUGGAGGAUUACGAUGAACCUCGACCAAUUAAUCCCAAGGAUAACCACAUUUCCUUCCAGAGUAGUGAUGUUGUGGUAGUGAAGAGGAGGUUGGAGGAAAUGGGAAUGCGAUACGCGACUGCACUUGUGGAGGAAGAAGGGAUAAAGGUGGAUCAAGUGUUUUUCCAUGAUCCUGAUGGCUACAUGAUUGAAAUAUGCAACUGUGACAACCUUCCUAUUCUGCCCAUUUCUUCAAGCUGCUCACUCAAGCCCCACAACUAUUAUAACAAAAUGAUUGCCACAAAUUAUGGAUGUGGUUUCAUGGAGAAUGAGAUGCUGGAGAACUUAAGCAUGAACAUGCUCAACUUUUCCUUCUAAACAUGAAUACCAGUGUGCAAUGUGUGUGUGUGAUUGGAAGUUCUUAUAAUUUGUUUGAUUAAGUGGCUUUGUCCACAAGUUCAUAUCUUUUAAGCCUGUCUUGAUACUACCUACACAAGUUAAAGCUUGAAUAAUUGAAUAAUUUUAUUUUCAAACUAUAUAUAGUUUGUAUAUUUACAA